UAUAUAAAUAGACUUAAAAAUAAAUGAAUUCAUCUGUUUGUGUGGGUAAUUGUCGUUGAAUUUUCAACUGGCAAGGAAUGCACAUCCCAUUAUUUAGCACCUGUGCUGAGAAAAUAGUCAUGAAGGCUGAAAUUUCAAUACGCAGAUGUUUAAUGGUAAUAUUCCACAGAUAAAACACUCAGUGUGUUUUCCGAUCUGAAUGCAUUGACGAAUAAUUAACGUCUUCUCAGGAUAAAAUAUGCUGAUUAUUUAUUUAUAUAUUUUCCUGAUAUCCUGCUCAGUCAAGUACUCGAUUGCACAUUUUGGAUAUUCGAAACGACAGCAACACCUGUGGGCCCAAACAUUCAAGAUGUGUGCGGGAAAAAUGCAAUCACCUGUCGCUAUUUCAUCUAAAAAAUCAUUAAUUCUGCCUUUACCAGCUCUUGAGAUGAUUAAAUUUCAUAAUUUAAUGGGUGGCACUCUGGUAUUGCACAAUAACGGGCAUUCAGUUUCUUUAAAUUUUGAAAAACAAAAUUCUGAUGAACAAUUACCGUACGUUUUCGGGGCAAUGUUGACUGAAAAUCAAAACUACGUGCUGCAAGGAUUACAUUUUCAUUGGGGCAACAAGAAUAAUCGCGGGUCAGAACAUACAUUGAACGGAGUAAGUUAUCCAAUGGAGAUGCACAUGAUCUUCAAAAAUACAGCGUAUCCUGAAACAGCAGAAGCUUUGAGUAAUGAAGACGGACUGACAGUACUGGCUACGUUUUUCCAGGAAGACGACAACGAGAGUCUUAGUCCAAUCGUUGAAUCUCUGCCAGUGGUGAAAUGGAAAAAUUCGAGAGCUAAUUUAAAUGUUACUUUCACUCUUAAUUCGUUAUUACCGAAGGAUACAGACACUUUUUACACGUACAGAGGAUCAUUAACUACACCUCCAUGUAGUGAAGCUGUCACGUGGAUAAUAUUUUCCAUGACAGUCCCUAUAUCGUUUAAACAAAUGAAUAAAUUUAGAAUUUUAUCCAACGGAGAAGAUGUACUAGCUGAGAAUUAUCGAAAGCUACAAAAAAUAGGGAAUAGAAAGGUGUACUUGCGGAAAUUAACACCGAAAUUUACUGAUAAUCCAGAAUUGAAUUUUAAUUUGAAUGUGUCGAGUUUAAAUUGGUACUGGCAAUGAAGCGAUUAAGAUAUCAAUGGAU